GUAUAAAUGUUCCUGGAAUAUUGUGCUUCUCUGCCACGAUGCUAUCAUGGAUAACUCUGGUUGUGGCUAUCUACAUGCUCCAUCGACCAUUUAACACCAGUCUAGUGGUGGGCCCUCGACUAAUAAUUAAUUGCAAGACAGUUCAAAUGGAAAAUCGCAAAAUGCCAGCUUACGACAAUGAAGGAGCCACGAUAUCCAUGGAGGACGUCCGGGAAAUCGACCGUCCAAUCACCAUUAGCACCAUAGAAGAAGAGCUAAUAGCCAGAAGAAACAGAAUGUUCAAAACUCAAAAGUCCACAGUUGCUUCUAGGAGGCAGCAAGCGGUGUGUGUCAGACGAGCGCACAAAAGAUAUGGAACAGCUAAAAACCCUAACGUUAUUUUGGAUGGUCUGAAUAUGACUGUUGCUAAAGGAUCUAUAUAUGGCCUUUUGGGUGCUUCUGGCUGCGGCAAGACCACACUGCUGUCGUGUAUAGUCGGCAGACGAAGACUAAAUUCUGGUGAGAUCUGGGUGCUGGGUGGAAAGCCCGGAAGCCCUGGCAGUGGAGUCCCUGGGCCUAGAAUAGGAUAUAUGCCACAGGAAGUCGCGCUCUUCGGCGAAUUUUCGAUCAGAGAAACACUAAUAUAUUUCGGUUGGAUCGCGAACAUGUCCACUCCACAAGUAGAAGAACGAAUAGACUUCCUCAUCAAGUUAUUGCAGUUACCUAAUCCUACAAGACAAGUCAAAAAUUUAUCUGGGGGACAACAAAGAAGGACUUCUUUAGCCGCUGCCCUUAUUCACGAUCCUGAGCUGCUUAUCCUGGACGAGCCUACAGUUGGAGUGGAUCCUGUGCUCAGACAAAGCAUCUGGGAUCAUCUCGUGGAUAUAACAAAGGAAGGUCGGACAACAGUGAUCAUAACUACUCAUUACAUCGACGAAACAAAACAAGCUAACAUGAUUGGCCUUAUGCGAGGCGGUAGAUUUUUGGCUGAAGAGUCUCCGAGCGAGUUGAUCAGCCGCUACAACGCCGAAAGCCUUGAAGAAGUGUUCCUGAAGCUGUCAGUGCUACAGAAUCUAGGCAAGCGCCGAAGAUCUAGCAUUCUCGCUGAUGUCGUUGAAAAAGUUGAGCUUCCUACUAUGCCUGAUCCAUCAGCCAUAGAUUUGGAGGAAGCAGAAGUAGGAGAGAUUUCCGGAGAGUUCGGUGACAACGUCUCGAUGAGCAGUAAAGGAAGGGUUGUAGUGGCACCGGACCUACCAAUUCCAGUAGAAGCUAUACCCCCUGAAGAGAAACCGAAGAGGACAAAAAUGGAAAUGAUCAUGCCAAUGAAAUGGCAUCACAUGAAAGCUCUAAUAUGGAAGAACUUCUGGAGUCUAUUUAGGAACUUUGGUGUAUUAGCGUUCAUAAUGGGCUUACCGAUAUCGCAAAUGGUCUUAUUCUGCCUCGCUAUCGGUCAUUAUCCUGUUGGUCUUCCCAUAGCGGUUGUGAAUUACGAGUCUCACAGCAGCGAUCCGUUGUGUUAUUAUGACCAGAAGAAAUGCCCUCAAGACCGCAGCACGUACGAUUGGCAUUUGACGAACUUUAGCUGCCGUUAUUUGGAUUUCCUAUCGAAGCGGCAGAGCAAUCUGAUCCUGUACCCCAACACUGAAGAAGCCAUGUCGGAAGCAGCCCACGGCAAAGCCAGGGUCGUUCUGGUGUUCCCUGCCAAUUUCUCAACUUGUCUUCAAGAAAGAAUCACGAAUCCACGCCGCACAGAUGACUACACUAUUAUGAAUUCCGAUGUAGAGAUCCACAUGGAUAAUACAGAUAAACAAGUCGAAUGGAUGUUGAGUCGCGAUCUGCAGCUUGCGUUCAUGGACGCUACACAGGAGCUGGCGAAGAUCUGUCAGCUACCCUCGAGAAUGAUGUCCAUUCCGGUGCACUUCAAUGAGCCUAUCUAUGGUCUAGAUGAGGCCAACUUCACCGAUUUUGCUGGACCGGGAGUAAUAUUAACUAUCAUAUUUUUCUUGGCGGUGGCUUUGACUUCAGGGUCUAUGCUGGCUGAAAGAAAUGAAGGCAUCCUUGAAAGGACUCUAGUUUCAGGAAUCACUGGUACAGAGAUUCUGUUCUCACACGUCACGGUACAAAUGCUGGUGAUGAUAGCCCAGUCGGUCAUUGUCUUGGUCAUCGGCUUCGUGUUCUUUGGACUCACGAUGAGAGGUCCUAUUGGAUGGGUCACAUUCCUCACACUGAUCACUGGAUUGUGUGGAAUGACUUUUGGUUUCGUCGUGUCCUGUGUUUGUGACACCGACAGAACAGCUACUUACCUGGCUCUUGGCUCGUUCCUGCCGAUGGUGUUACUUUGCGGCAUCAUAUGGCCCGUUGAAGGUAUGCACCUGAUUCUACAGUGGAUCAGCUACAUUCUUCCGCUUACGAAAUCUACAGAGUCUCUCAGAUCGAUGCUACAGAGAGGUUGGACUAUCAAUGUACCCACUGUCUACUCUGGAUUCAUAUCAACCGGAAUUUGGAUAGCUAUUUAUUUGACCACAAGUAUUUUACUACUUAAAUUUAAGAAAGGCUAAUCUGAGGUCUGAACAUACCUUAUAUUCAGUGUUAAUAUUAUCACGGAAGGCGGUCAUGUUUCUAAUUAGACCUGUGGAAUAAAUUUGAAACCUAUUUUUAAUUGUUAUAAGUUCGAUUUUGAAAUGUUGUAAUAGAUUUCUAGGGUGUUGUAUGAAAAUGUCUGUUUAAUCAGAUCCACCUACAUUUUUUGAGAUAAUGUAUGAUGAAAAUUCUAUUAAUGGGAUGACAAAAAAUAAGUUAAUCAAAAUUACUUUUCAAAUUGAUAAAACUUAAAGGCUUCGUCAAACAGAAUGCGUACUUAGCGCUGCGUUUUAACGUCGCGCUCUUUUCAUGAUGUCGAGUGAUUCAGAUGUGGCAUUGUAUAAGCAUGGGAUUUUCUAACAAUUUGUAUCAAUUUUUCGGGCAUUAUCCAGUAUUUUAAUACACAUUCACUCGGACGCUAAAAUAAAAAAAACUUUAAAAAUUACAACGCCUAACGUCAAAGCGUCCUAACGCCACGACAGAGCGUUGCGUACUGCUAGCGCUGGGCCUCUGUUUGACGUAUGUUACCAUACAACACAUCUCGGCGUCAUAGCGCGCCGUCAGUUUAGCGUUCUGACGCGCGUUAAUUACGCGUUCUGUUUAACGAAGCCUUAAGAGUUAGAUAGAUUAACAUGAAUCAAUAAGAAUCGAAUUUUCUAAAUGUAUACGUACUGAAAAUACAUUUCGUCUGUGGUUUUUAUAUAAUAUGAAUUGUGAAUAGUGUUAUUGAUGUACGCUUAUUGUCUUAGGGGGUUUAGUUAGUAUAUUUAUUCCUUAAGCUUUUGAUGGGGUAAAAAUUUUCCAAUAUUACAAGAUAAAAAAUAUCAUUUUAGAAGCGACUGUUUAAUAUCACUGAUGGGAUAUUUUUAAUUCAAAUUUAAGCUUUAAAUAUUGAUUUAAAAAUGGAAAAAAAAAUAUCAUUUUUAUUUAAUUUCAAUUCAAUUUUAUUUCUUUUAUUUUUCAACCAAAUCGACAUUAUAUAAAGUCACUGAAAACCUUUCUUAACAAAAGAUACAUUUAAUAAUUGAAUGAAUAGUUAAAUGAGACACUUCUGAGAAAUAUUUUGAUAAAUCCGAACUUUUAAAGUUAAGGUCUGGACCGGACUACUUUUUUGCCUUAACUCUCAUUCCUGUAAAAUUUAUUUGUCUUAAUGAGGUCUCGAUUUAUAUAACCUUUAGAUCAAUUAUGUACUAAAACUGUCUUCACUAAAAAUAGUGGUUUAAGCAAUAUGCAGUUAUCAUCAAUUAAAAUUUCAAAAGUUCAAUUUGGAGGGUUUAAAUCGUGGAUAUCCGAAUUUAUGUCCAGAAAUAUGUCGAGUCAUUUGGAUGUCUUUCAUAUCUGGUGGUGGGGGUAGCUAUCAAAUACCAAAAAAGGAUUUACAUGCGGUUUAUCGCCUCAGCGAUGCUACCAUUUAUUUUUAUUUCUGGGAAAGGUUCGAAUACCGCUUACAAUAAUUGUUCUACAAUUUGUUACUGUUACACAAUAAGUACAAUAAACUUAUCAAUAUCGCUAAGGUUUAAUUAAUGGUACAAAAAACGGACAUCAAUUUAAGACUAAAAAUGUUAUAUUUAAAAUAUUUUUUUGCAAUGACCAAUUGUGAUACGUAAUUUAUAAGAAUUAGUUAAUAAAGAUUCAAAAUUCA